AACGAAUGACUGUGUCUCAAAUCCCUUACAGCCGUCUGGACAGGGAAAGACUGGAAUAAAAUCAUUUCGCCCGCCGCCCACACAAUGCCCGCCCCCAACGCGAUUAGUAUCAACAAAUUUUAACGCGUAAAGGUUUGACAAAAUGGCAGAAAUUUCACAAAUCGACUCGAGCAACACAGUUGGCGAUGGCGCCACAUGUCCAAGCAUUUGGUUGCCGGACAUUGUUCAGUGCAUCGCUGGCUUCUUAACACCCAACGAUGUAGCACUUACGCUUCGACAGCUGCGCUGGAACAACCCGGAAGCCUUUCGCGGGUACACGAGGCCGCAGCGAAUCAAGCUCCUUGCCCUCACCGCAGCCACCGGCAGCAUCGAAAACCUGGAGGUUGCCCUGAACAAUAUUGGUCUCAAUCCCUCGUACGAGCUGUUCGAAGCAGCUGCAGGCGCUGGCCAGUUGCACGUGUGCAAGUUGUUAAGGCGGCGCAACUGCCCCUGGGGCAAUGCCCUGGCUGCAGCAGCAAAAGCCGGGCAUCGCCAUGUUUGUGAGUGGACGGUGGCCGAGGGGGGCCCUCUGUACAUGGAGGCUGUGUGCAGUGCCGCUCAAGCAGUUGGCACGGCGGGGAAGCCACCGCCACCGCCGCUGGUGCUCAGCCAGGGGCAGAGGGGUGCCGUACUGGCAGCCGCUGCCUGCAGCCUCACUUCCGAUUGGGAGGCCAAGGUCAAAUGGCUGGAGCAAGAGGGCUACCCCCGUACAGCUGCCGCAUGUAAAAGUGCCGUCAGUAUUAAAGACAAACACGGUGCGCUGGACCGCCUGAAGUGGCUGUGCAGUCGCGGCUACCCGGUUGACGCAUGCGCGUGGGACAGAGCCAUGGCUAAGGGAAACACGGCUGCGGUGCGCUUCCUGGUUGUCGAAAAGAACGUGCGGCCAAGUGAAGGUCGUGAAGAGUCCAUCAUGUGUGCAGCUUACCAGGGCCGUCUAUCUGUGCUGCGAUACCUUCACGAGAGCCGCUGCAGCCGCCUUUAUCCGCAGAUGCUAUCCAAGUACGCAGCGAACGGGGGCCAGCUGUCUGUGGUGGCCUGGACGGUGGAUGAAUUGGGUGUAGACCAGGGCAAGGCACCUGACCUGUUGGACCUGGCAGCGGAGAGUGGCAAUGUUGAGCUGCUAUCGUGGCUUCAUGAACGAGGCUGGACCUGGUCACGAGAUGUCUGGAGCAGUGCGGCGUUCAGCGGAUGCGAGGAGGUGUUGGAGUGGCUGAUAGCGCGGGGCUGCCCCUUACCGCGCAACGGCGGUCCAGCGUACCUUAGAGCCGUUCACGUCAAUGACCUGGCCAUGCUCCGCUGCCUGCGCCGUCUGGGCAUCUCCUGGGGCGGUGCCCGAACCGUGGCCGGCAUUCCUAAACCCUUUUCUCUCCCUGGCUUUUCAUCUUGUGUGAGUCAGAUCAAUCAAGAGAUUCCAACUCUCCAGGCAGCGGCAGUGCAAUCGUACGGAGAGGGCACCAGAGUUACACGACACGUGACAGAAGCAAAGAGUAUUUGCUGCCGAGUGGCGGGUAGCAAGUGGGGGUUAGCGGUUGGCGCUGCCCUUCAGUCGCCAGCGACACAGCUGUUGGUCAACCACGUAUAG